AUGAAUCGAUACAUAAAACUUUUAUUCGUUUUCAUAUUCUCUGGUUGUAUUAUAGCUUACACUAAUCUAUUCAAUCGAUCAUUCCUUCAAGACUACUGUAGUUUUCAUGAUAAUGACAAUGAGAGUUUGAAUGAAAAUGACACGUUGAAAACGUUGAUUCCUCUGACAAAUGAUUUGGAUUCUUUGGAAUUGUGUCGUGGAGAUGGAGUGAAAAAGUGUAUUCCACCGUUGAUGAAGUACAAACAACUGUAUAGGACAUCCAAGGAAAACAACUUGAUAGCUUGUGUCAUCGAAAAAACUUUUUCUACAUUUCUAACUGCAAUUAUGUGUUUUUUACACGAUCAGACUGCAUUCAGAGAUAGUAAUAGAACCCUCGAAUCGGAUAUUUAUGGAGAGAGACUUUGCAAAGACCAAAAUGAGUUCACAGAACUGAAGAAGAUCGGAAAUUGGCAGAAGAUGUCCUUGUUCGCAGUGGUUAGAAAUCCAAUUGAUCGAUUUGUUUCUGGAUUUACUGAUAAAUGUUUGAGGGAGAAAGUGUGGAAGAAAUAUAAACAAAGAUGUGCACAGUAUGAUUUCAGGAGAUGUGAGUUUUCAUCUCAUCUGGUGAAAUACCAGAUUCUACAAUUAGAUGGUGCCAAUUUUCCGGAUCAAUUACUGGGUUUACUGGAGGAACAAGGGCUCGAUGAAGAAGGAAUCAAGUUUAUUAACGGAAGUCUUCAUCACCGUACUCCACACAGUACAAUGGACUCGGUGGAACGUGCAACUGUAGAGGAAACUGUAUUGAAUAGUCCGUAUUUAUUACGGAAAAUAACGCAGAUGUAUUAUUUUGAUUUCCUUCUUUUUGGUUAUCGACUACCUGAAAUUCCACGUGUCUAA